CAGCGUGACCCGACGAGCGCUUGACUAUGCGUGUGCGGCUGCUGCCCUUGGCGUUUAUCCUUCUCAACGUCUGCCACUACAUGCAGGGCCAGCGGUUGCCGGUCAGGGCGCGGAGACAGACGCGCAUGGUGUGUCCCAAAGGCUGCCUCACAUGCUCCGAGCCCAACGGCUGCAUCAACUGCCUCCCGCGCUACUUCUUCUUCCUGGAGCGGCAGGGCAUGCACGAGAUGGGCAGCUGCCUGCCGUCCUGCCCCGCCGGCUACUUUGGGGUGCGGCGUCCCGACGGGAACGUCAGCGUCUGCCAGAGGUGCCGCCUCGAAAACUGCGACACCUGUUUUGCAAAGAACUUCUGCACCAAGUGCCGCGCGGGCUUCUACCUGCACAAGGGCAAGUGUCACAACGCCUGCCCGCAUGGCUUCAGCGCCGUCAACCAGAGCAUGGAGUGCACCAGCGCUGAGGAGUCUCAUCAGCGGCACCCCACCCCGGCGCUGGCGGCGUGCGAGCUGGGGCCGUGGGGCGACUGGGGUCCGUGCCUGAAGAACGGCCGUCCGUGCGGCGCUAAGUGGGGCCAGGAGGCGCGCACUCGCUCCGUGUCCAUCCCCGCGCAGCGCGCCGCUGCGCCUGGCACGGGCGGAGGGGACGCCUGCCAGGACAGCCGAGAGACGCGGCGCUGCCGGCUGAGGAAGCGGCACUGUCCCGACGAAAAAAGAAAAAAAGAACCGGGACAUCGGGAUGCCAAAAAUAAACCAAUUAAAAAAAAUCGGAAGAAGGACAGAGCAAAGCAGCCGCAGCGAGAAGUGCAGCCUACGGGCGCGAGCGGGCAGUGAGGGGGGCGAGUGGGGCCGCAGGGACAGGCACGGACACACGAUGAAUGCGUCACUGCUGCUGAAAUUGUUAUUUAAGCCACUGUAUAAUUUGCAUUGGGAAUGCCACUGGGAUGGAGAG